GACUUACUAAUUUCCAUAUGUUUUCAGAAAGGAAAAGCCCCAAGCUGCCGCCAACUCUCGCAGAUGCGCGCGUGCCUUUGACGAACGCCUAAGUCCAAGUCAAUCCUCAUCUGUGCAUCAGCGGGGUGGCCGAUCGGUGAUCGUUCUUAAUUUGCUGUUUGGGAAGCAAGAAAAUAUCGAAGCAUUUUGGCCAACUGUGGUUUAAUCAACCAGUUGAAUAACUAAAGCAAAUAGUACACUAUCCUUAACAACUUGGAGAAAGAGAAGCAUGAAGAGCCAAGAACACAAAAUGCCAAGAAUGGAGGACAUUCUUAACCUUCCAGUACAAGAUCCUCCAUGUGCAGAGUUUUCUGCCGCUGAUAUCGAGUGGGUAAAAGUAGAGGGUGGUCGUCAAGGUGGUGAUGAUAUUGCUCUACUCCCAUUUGCUAGAGUGGACGAUUUUGUAAGGGGUGAAUCCUCAAAUGCUGAAUGCCCUGCUAACUUCCGCAUUGAGUCGAGAAGGAAGAGACCUGAAGGGAGCAUCAGCAAACCAAGGGUUGAUGGCUAUCUUGAAUACACAUUAUACUGGUGUUCUUAUGGCCCUGAAGAUUACCGUGAAAGUGAAUCUGGUGUGGAGGAUGGUUCAAACAUAAAGCCUGCAUCAGGGAAGGGAAGCAGGCCAGGGAGGCGUCACAUGAUGAGAGGCUGCCUUUGCCAUUUCACUGUAAAACGCUUAUACAUCCGCCCUCUCCUUGCUAUCAUUAUCUAUAAUCAAAGAAAGCAUGUAGAUAAAUCAGGGUCACCUUGUCAUGGUAUACUUGAUCAGGAUGCUUUGGGGACAAGAGCUAUGUAUGCUCCACGAAUUUCAGAGGAGUUACGUCAAAAAGUGAUGUCUAUGCUUUAUGUGGGAAUACCUUUGGACAAAAUAAUUCAGCAUCACAUGGAGAUGGUCCAGGGGCAUGGUGGGCCCCAUAACCGUGAUGAUUUUUUAACUCGUAAUGAUAUUCGUAACAUGGAAAGGGUCAUUCGUAAUUCAUCACAUGAGUUACACACAAGUGAUGAAUGUAGUGUAAAAGUUUGGGUGCAACGACAUCAUAAGCAUGUUUUCUACUUUCAAAAUAUCUCAGGUUCAGAACCAUUUGUUUUGGGCAUACAGACAGAUUGGCAGCUUCAACAGAUGCUCCGUUAUGGACAUAAUGGUUCCAUAGCAUUGCAUUCGAUGUUUGGUGUAAAGAAACUGAAGUAUCCCUUGUGUACAUUACUUGUUUUUGACCUAUCACGGAAUGCAAUUCCUGUUGCUUGGAUAAUCUCCUGCUCUUUUGUCAGUCAAACCAUCCAAAAAUGGAUUGGAUUACUUGCUGAAAGAAUGCAGGCCAAAGAUCCUAGAUGGAGACCAGAUUCUUUUCUUGUGGAUGAUCCUUCCUUCGACAUUUCAACAAUUAGAGAGGCUUUCCAAUGUCGGGUCCUAUUAUGCAUUUGGCAUGUUCGGCAUGCUUGGGUAAGGAGCCUUUUAAGGAACUGCAGCAACUUUGAUGUGCAGCGAGAGAUUUUUAAGCGCUUGGGCUGGAUUUUGUUUUGCACAAGAAGUGGGCCACAUGCUAUGGUUGCACUUGAGGAAUUUAUGCAAGUAUUUGUUGAUCAAUCUGCCUUCAUGGAUUAUUUUAAGAGGCGAUGGUUGCCAACUAUAGAGUUGUGGGUUAGUGGCAUCAAGUCUCUUCCACUGUCUAGUCCAGAACACAAUGCUGCAAUUGAGUCCUAUCAUUUGAGGUUGAAAUCCAAGCUUUUCAAUGAGCAACAUGCCAAUUCCUGGCCAAGAGUUGACUGGUUAAUCAACACACUUGCAACGGAAUUUCACUCCUUAUAUUGGUUAGAUCAAUAUAGUAUAGAGACAGGGUAUUUUGACGACCUGAGGGACAAAACUUUCUCAACCAAUGCUUGGCAUCAGGCUUUGCAUAUUCCAGAUGUUGAUGUCAUACUGAAUGAGCAGAAUCUCCAGAUUGCGAAAGUCAUCUCUCAAACAAACAGAAACCUGGCAUACACAAUUUGGAACCCUGGUUCAGAGUUCUCACUCUGUGAUUGCCCUUGGUCAAGGUUUGGAAAUUUCUGUAAGCAUGUCAUUAAGGUGGCAAUCUUAUGUAAAACUCGGCAGGUUGCUAGGCCAUUACUUGCUGCUCAAGUUUAUAGACAGGCGCUGCUUACCCUUCUGCAGAACCCCCCAGAUGACCCUCUAGUUCUUGAUCACGCUGUUUUACAUGCAACUCGCUUGCAACAAGACAUCAAAGGCUUGGAAGAAUUGUCUAAUAAUGGGUUGCUCCAACCUUUACCUCCAGAGAUUAGUUCUCAAGUGACAGAGAAUAUACUUUUCCCACGUAGUGAAUAACUAGUCCCUGAAAAGGAGAUAUUUGUAUCUCCUGGAUUUAUCCUUGAGUCUGUGAAGUUGUUGUGGCCUUUGAUAUCCUCCUCAAGGCCAUAGACUGCCCAGAUUUGGCAUCAGAAAGCUCUGAAGCGUGCUGCCUUUCAUCAAUUUUCUGGAGGUACAAAUAUUAUCAUCAGUCUUCUAUAUUUCAUAAGAUGCUCUCUCUCUUUCUUUCUCUCUUUUUAUGAGGAAAAAAGUGAGAAAGUUAAGAGGCAGAAGAGGAUAACGUGAAAAUUUUAACAGAAAUGCUAUAUUGCUUGAGCUUAUCCUCAAUUUUGGCUCAAUCAAGUUUGAUUUUUCUUAAGUGCUAAAUAUGCAUUCUAUUUUUUCUUUCUCUGGUGAAUUGAAGAUUCUUGAUCUUCUGAUGCAAUGAACAAGGAGUGCAGACAUAUAUUUGCUUGUAAUGAAGCUUAAAUAAGCAUGCAGCAGUUUGAAGGGGGUAACAAUGAAGCCUGACAUUUGUAGUUAUAUUUUGAGCAUUUUGGACGAAUUCCUUGUGAAGGAAUCAUGAUUUGUUACAUCUGCUUGCUAAGCUGUUAGUUCAUCAUCUGCAUACGCAAAAAGAGAUGUUUUCUUUCCCCCACUACCCCUGAGAUGGGUAAAUAGAGGGUCGAAAAAAUUUACAUGUGGCUGUUUCCUGAACUCAACACAAUUGCUUGCUUGUCAAAUGUUGGAGACCUUGCAUUAACCAUAACCUUGUGAAGCUUUCUUUCAGCUGCAGAAACCUUGUGAAAUCUGUUGGAGACACAGUUUUAACGUUUCGUCACAGAAGGUAAGCAAAUCUUUUCACUAACUAUUUCCUUUUAGUCUUAUAAUUAUGCAUGACCACUUUACCGUUGAGAAGCAACCCGAGUUAGUUAAGAAAUGCAUGUUGACUGCUAAAUGGCGAAUCAUAGUGUAAUAUGUUUCUUUUUAAUCUCCAUUGAAAGUUUGAUUCAGGCAUCAAUUAGUAAACAAAACCUCAUUCUGGAAGAUCGGUAUGCCACUAUAUGUUACUUGAAGAUUUGUUCAUCCAUGAAAAAUCUCCAUGGAACAACUACAAUGUAUCUUUAUUCGCUGGAUAUUAUUCUGUCAUUUUCUUCUCACGGCUACUCGUAGCUAAUUUUGUUGGGUGUUUUAUAAUUUUCAGUUGAAGAAGCAAGCAAUUGGGACAAAUCAACAAAAAAGAUCACAACUUGUGCAAAAACAUUGAAAGAAUUUGUUGAAGCUAUAAGAUUUUUUAUUUUUUAUUUUUAUUUUUUUAUGUUUUCCCUCGAUGGAACAACUACAAUGUAUUUUUCUUUGCUGGAUAUUAUUCUGUCAUUUUUUUCAAUUCUGCUCGUAGCUAAUUUUGUUGGAUGUUUUCAUUAGUUUUCAGUUGAAGAAGCAAGCAAUUGGGACAAAUCAACAAAAAAGAUCGGAACUUGUGCCCAAACUUUGAUAGAAUUUGUAGUGGCUUUAUAACCACUGCUGCUGAUGGCAGCUCCACCGUUCAAGUGACAGCAUUGGGUUCCAGUAAUUGGAUGGUUGAAGACCUGAAGCCCAAUCCAAUAUAGAUUGAAAACUCGUAAUAUCGACCUUUUGUUAUUAUACCUGUUUUUUUUAGUAUGAGCAACGGUCCCAAAAUAAUACUAUGGUUAAAAUUAAGUACUUAACACUUAAAAGGCA